AUGCUCGAUGCAGCAUCAGGUGGAGCUCUAUGGGCUAAGAGCUAUGAUGAAGCUUAUGAGUUGAUUGAGAUGAUGGCCGCGAAUGAAUAUCAGAAUCCUAAUCAGCGUCUUCAUCAGGUCAAGGCAGCAGGUGUUCUAGAUGUUGAUGCUACUACAGCCUUGACUGCUCAAAUUAAGGCUCUUACUAUGAAGAUAGAUUCCUUAGCUAACUUGGGAGUUCAACCACCACCUAAUGUUUGCGAGCUUUGUGCGGGUGCACAUUCUUCGGAUCAGUGUGCUAUAUCUAGCGUAUCCGCUCAGUUUGUGAGCAACUUCCAGAGGUCUCAACAGCCAGCACCAGCCACUUAUCAUCCUAAUAACCGGAAUCAUCCGAAUUUCAGCUGGAGCAACAAUCAAAAUUUCAUGCAACAACCGCAGCAACAGUUUCAGCAGCAAGGAGCUGGACCUUUCAACCCUUCUGGUUUUCAACAACAAUUUGCACCGAGGCAGCAAUUCCAACACCCUGGAUUCCAGCAACAAAAUCAUGGGGUGGCUGGACAGUCUUCCAACGAAAGAUCAGAAUUGGAAGAAUUAAGACUUAUGGUUAAAAGCCAAUCGGUGUCAAUCAAGACUUUGGAGAAUCAGAUUGGGCAAAUUGCUAAUGCGUUGAUUAAUAGACCACAAGGAACUCUUCCUAGUGAUACUGAGGCCAAUCCGGGUAGGAAAGAGGUGAAGGAACAGGUUGAAACACCCGUGCUCUCAUCUGAGUCUAAUAGUGGAAAAACUGUUGUUGAAGCUAAUAAGAAUGAAAUCAGCGAGGAAGCAAGCAAGGAAUCAGCCGAGAAGUCUAGUCCAAAAGCUGAUGUUGGGGUCAAGCAAGUGUAUCCACCUCCCCCAUUUCCGAAGAGACUUCAGAAGCAUAAGCUCGACAAACAAUUCGCUAAAUUUCUAGAGGAGUUGGAGACUGUGGCGUUGACCGAGGAGUGCAGUGCGGUGUUACAGCAGAAAUUGCCUCCGAAACUUAAAGAUCCCGGAAGUUUCACAAUACCAUGUACUAUUGGCAAGUUAUCUUUCGACAAGUGUUUGUGUGACUUGGGAGCUAGUAUCAAUCUGACGCCGUUGUCUGUCUUCAAGAAACUUGGUCUGCCGGAGCCGAAACCUACAAACAUGCACUUACAACUGGCUGAUCGGUCCAUCACAUACCCGAGAGGUAUAGUGGAAGACGUCUUGGUUAAGGUCGAUAAGCUCAUUUUCCCUACUGACUUUGUCAUUCUAGACUUCGAGGAGGAUAAGAAGAUUCCCAUUAUCUUGGGAAGGCCGUUCUUAGCUACAGGUCAAACUUUAAUCGAUGUGCAAAAAGGGGAGCUUACAAUGAGAGUUCAAGAUCAGAGAGUCACUUUUAAGGUGUUCAACGCAAUGAAAUUUCCAACCGACGAAGAAGAAUGCUUUAAGGUGGAGCCACUAGAAGCUGUUGAAAAGUCUAAGAUGGAGGAAAAGCCAAGGCCAUAUGACAUGCAUGACAUUCACCGCCGUUUUGCAAAGGAUUUGACUCAAACUCUUGGGAGUGCUUUUCGAGCUAUUGGUGUGGAGGUUGAUUGGCCAGUGUUUGGAGAUGGCAUGGUAUAUUCACCACCUGAUCCUCCACCCGAGGAGGAGAACCUAGAUGGAGGGAGGAUGGACUUUUCCAGGCUUAUACGGUGA